GAUGUGACGUCAUGGUCGUAGAGGAGAUUGUAGGCUACCAUAUCCCGUAAUGCUGCUCGUUAACGUAGAUGUUUGGUGAGGCUUAUUACAAGCUGCGGGGAUGGCCAACUGUGAGUGAAUGCAGCCGCCUCAGGUGAACAGAAAGCGGGAUAGAGACAGUCACAAUACAGGCCUAAACACACCAUCCACCGAGCUCCACAAAUAUGGAUCUAACUUUUGUAUUAUCCGCUGUUAUCUUCACUCUUCUCGCGAUUGUGGUCGCAACGUCGCUAUUUAACGUCUCGUCGCCUACAGUCGACUUUGCAAGUUAUUUCGGAAACAGAGGAGACGGUGCAGCCGGGGGAUUAGAUCAAACGAAGCAGAAUGGCUAUUUACCGGACAAGAAGAAGAAGAAGAAGGAGGAGGAUGACUGGUGUGAGAUCAGCGGGAGCACGCAUGAUCACUGGGAUGUAGUGAAAUCUGUGCUUUCAGAGGAGGCAAAUCCCCACCCUCACACUGAAGAACUGGCAACACCAGUUGAGCACUCCUCCUCCACAUCCAGCCUGUGCGUCCCCAGGCCUGGAUGUAGGCAUAUGAGUUUAGAGGUAGACUCGGCAUCCAAGGCCUCGUCGGGGGCGAGCCGUAGGUCAUUCAUUGGGCUCUCUGAUAAGGAGCUCCUAAAGUGUGCUUUCUCAUACCCCCAGACUGAAGGAGCCACAGAGAGCCCAGGGAUCAACGAUAACGAGGAAUCAAAUGCAAAUGAUUCCUUGAAGUACGUCCCUGGAAAGGCGCGAUCCCACCACUUGCAAAUGAUGAUGUCAGCAGAUGAGCUGGAGGAGGAGCAGAGGAUACACUCCAGCACAGACUUUAACUGUCUGUAAGCCUGAAAAAGGAGCAAAUAUGUGUUUGCAGUGAUUUUUGGCCUCGUCAUCUCUUUUCCUCAAGUGGCCAUGAAGCGACCGACACAUCCCACUUACCCACCUCCCACUGCCCCAUCAUUCCACAUUGUUCAGCGUGUGAUUCUCAGGCGUCGCAGCAGGUGUUGAUUGUGUGUCCAGUCGUCACCUCUGACAGAAGAGUGUUAGUUAAUCCUCUCAGGACUCUUCUCUGUUGUGCCACAAGGAGACACUGUGACUUGUGCUGACAUGGCAGUCACUUCCAAAACUAUUCAAUCACACUGGAAUAGAGAGGGUGAGGGUAAAAUUGGGCAUUUGUGCUUUGAUAUGAGUAAUACAUCUUGUAAUAUGUGAUUUCAGGAGGACAGACAACUGGGGGAAUAUUCAUGUCAGAGUAUUUUACAAUAGCAGCACUGAUAGAGGACCUGCUUGCCUUGUAUUUAAUGUAUUUAAUUUGGCUAAUGUGUUACCAAUAAUUAAAAUAAAUAAAACGUUUUUAAAUACUGGAAAAGACCUUUCACUCACAUCAAGUUAAUGAUGGUCAUGUAGCUUAUCUUUAUCAGCAUUCCUUGCUGUGAAUGUGAAUGAUUCACUUUUAAUUGUCAAGUAAGGCUAGAUAAGCCCUUAUUGAUCCCCAAAAGGGAUAUUCAGAAGUUGCAUUAGCACAAAAACAGAAAUAAAUGCAGAUAAAUAGAGAAAGUAAAAAAAUAAAUACGAGGUUUAUAAAACUAAGAUGUAUUUGAUGUAAAAAUAUAAACUAUACAAAGGAAAUUAAAGACGAAAUACCAAGACAAAAGUGUUUGUGAAAUUGUGAAAUUUGCAGAGAAGUAUUUUAUUUAAAUUUUUCAAUAUUCCCAUUUGUCCACUGGGGGUCGUGCUGUCCUAGUAGCAGGGUCCAUGCUGAAUACACUAUUUUAGAUCCCACAUGCUUACAUACAUACACACUGUCAAGCGUAGGCUACGGUUUGUGCAGGAGUCGCCGGCGUAAAUGUCUUUGUCAAAAAGGAGAAAAAUAGACAGAGUGUUGUAAAACAAGAGUGACCACUUCCUAUUACAUCAGAGUUAAAUGGGACCAGUGUUCUUGGUGUGUUAUUUAGUGAGUUUUGGAGGUGCUGCAAGACUGGAAGUAUUUUGAGACUGUUGGACAGAGCCAGGCUAGCUAUUUCCAGUCUUUAUGCUAAGCUAAGCUAAAUGGCUGCUGGUAGUAGCUUAAUGUACCGUACAGACAGGAGAGUGGUAUCAUUCUUUUCAUCUAACUCUCUGCCAGAAAGCGAUGAAGCAUGUUUCCCAAAAUGUCAAACUAUUCCUUUAAAAUCUCUAUUGUAUUAUAUGUAUUUAUUUGGUUCAUCCUUGUAUAUUGAAUAUGUACCUACUUAGUUUAUCUUUUGACAUUUUGUUUACAAUUGGAAAAGCUCAGUACUAACUAGUAAUUACAAGAGCUGACUUUCCCUAAUGGACGCUGGGUGGAGCUCAGAUUUGUGUUUUUUUUU